CCUCUGCUACUGGAAAAAGAAUCUAAGACUGACAGACUCAAGUGUUUCUUUUUGUGCCUCCAGCAUGUGGAACGGCUCUGAUGCCAACUUUUCCUGCUACCAUGAGUCUGUGCUGGUCUACCGUUACAUUGCCGUUAGCUGGGGCAUUGUGGUGGCUGUGACGGGCACCUUGGGCAACGUGCUCACGCUGCUGGCCUUGGCUAUCCUGCCCAAGCUCCAUACCCGCUUCAACUUGCUCAUCGCCAACCUCACCCUUGCGGAUCUGCUCUACUGCACCUUGCUGCAGCCCUUCUCCGUGGACACCUACCUCCACCUGCACUGGCGCACGGGGGCCACGUUCUGCAGGGUCUUUGGACUCCUCCUCUUUACUUCCAACUCCGUCUCCAUCCUCACCCUCUGCCUCAUCGCGCUGGGGCGUUACCUCCUCAUCGCCCAUCCCAAGCUGUUUCCCCAAGUGUUCAGUGCCAAGGGAGUAAUACUGGCGCUGGUGGGCACCUGGCUACUCGGCGUGGCUAGUUUUGCCCCCCUCUGGAAUGUCUAUGUCUUGGUCCCGGUCGUCUGCACCUGUAGCUUCGACCGCAUGCGAGGCCGCCCCUACACCACCAUCCUCCUGGGCCUCUACUUUGUGGUUGGGCUCAGUAGCGUUGGCAUUUUCUAUUGCCUCAUCCACCGCCAAGUGAAGCGAGCAGCCCAGGCUUUGGACCAAUACAAGCUGCGCCCAGCAAGCGUCCGCUCCAACCACGUGGCCGGGACAGAGGAUGCCGUCUCCGGUCGUUUUCAGGAGCUGGACAGCGGGCUGGCCUCAGGAGCGCCCAGCGAGGGGAUUUCAUCGGAGCCAGUCAGUGCUGCCACCACCCAGACCCUGGAGGGAACCUCAUCUGAAGUGGGGGGGCAGGGCAACCACAAAGUGGCUAAACAGAUGGCAGAGAGAAAUACACCCAAAGCAGCUGCCCAGGCUGGGCCAACCCCAGGAGCCCGGAAAGCCCCGGACUCCCCAUCCGAGUUUGGGAAGGUGACUCGGAUGUGCUUUGCUGUGUUCCUCUUCUUCACCCUGAGCUAUAUGCCCUUCUUGCUGCUCAACAUCCUCGAUGCGAAGGUCCAGGCUCCCCGGGUGCUCCACAUGCUAGCUGCUAACUUCACUUGGCUCAAUGGUUGCAUCAACCCCGUGCUCUACGCAGCAAUGAACCGCCAGUUCCGCCAAGCAUACAGCUCCAUCCUUCGACGAGGGCGCCAGAGUUUCCACAGGCUCCGUUAGGACCGUGCCCUCAGUCACCAGAAUCCUCGA